CCUGGUCCCCGUCGCAACCAUGGCUGAAGAACAACCUCAGGUUGAACUGUUCGUGAUGGCCGGCAGUGAUGGGGCCAAGAUUGGGAACUGCCCCUUCUCCCAGAGACUGUUCAUGGUACUCUGGCUCAAAGGAGGCACCUUCAGCGUAACCACUGUUGACACCAAGAGACGGACCGAGACAGUACAGAAGCUGUGCCCAGGAGGGCAGCUCCCAUUCCUUCUGUACGGCACUGAAGUGCACACAGACACCAACAACAUUGAGGAGUUUCUGGAGGCAGUGCUGUGCCCUCCCAGGAAUCCCAAGCUGGCAGCUCUGAACCCUGAAUCCAACACAGCUGGGCUGGACAUAUUUGCCAAAUUUUCUGCUUACAUCAAGAAUUCAAACCCGGCACUCAAUGAUAAUCUGGAGAAGGGGCUCCUGAAAGCCUUGAAAGUUUUAGACAAUUACUUGACAUCCCCCCUCCCAGAAGAAGUGGAUGAGACCAGUGCUGAGAAUGAGGGCAUCUCGCAGAGGAAGUUUCUGGAUGGCAAUGAGCUCACUCUGGCUGACUGCAACCUCUUGCCAAAACUCCACAUAGUACAGGUGGUGUGUAAGAAAUACAGGGGAUUCUCCAUCCCAGAGGUGUUCCGUGGAGUGCAUCGGCACUUGCAUAAUGCCUAUGCUCGGGAAGAGUUUGCCUCCACCUGUCCAGAUGAUGAGGAGAUCGAGCUGGCUUAUGAGCAAGUGGCCAAGGCCCUCAAGUAAGUCCCUCCUGAGGCUCUGUCUCUCCUCUCCAUUUUCUCCACAAAGGCACCAGCUGGUUUUCACGUGGCUACCCAAAGGACACACUUCAAAAUGGCCAGUGGGCAGAGAAUCCUGAAGCGCUUGUACAGGGCUGG